GAAAGAUAGAUGUAUGAUGGCAAUGGAGAAAGAUCAAUGGGACAAUGGGACAUCAUCAUGGGAGUUCCUCCUGCUGGGAAUGUGGAAUAUCCCCUCACUCCAGACAACACUCUUCCUCCUCUUGCUCAUGGUCUACUUGGUGUCCGUGGUUGGGAAUAUCCUCAUCGUUGCACUGGUGGUUGCAGACUGGCACCUGCACACUCCCAUGUACUUCUUUCUGGGCAAUCUCUCCUAUCUGGAGACCUGCUACAGCUCCACCAUCUUGCCUCGGCUGCUGGACAGCUUCCUGACUGGGGACAGGACCAUCUCUGUUCAAGGCUGUAUUGUACAAUUCUAUUUCUUUGGUUCUUUUGCAGCUAGCGAAUGUUACCUGCUGGCCAUAAUGCCAUACAAUCGAUACUUGGCCAUAUGCCAGCCCUUGCUCUAUGCAAGCAUCAUGACCUGGAAGGUCUGUCUCCAGAUGGCGGCUGCAUCUUGGUUAAUGGGUUUCCUUAUCUCUACAGCAAUCACUCCUUUCUUAUCUCAGUUGAAGUUUUGUGGCUCCAAGGCCAUUGACCACUUCUUUUGUGAUCUUGCCCCAUUGCUGGAACUUGCCUGCAGUGACACUAGGAAAGUCACUCUCAUUGCUUUUGUGUUCAGCUUCUUGGAUAUAGUCUUCCCCUUCUUGUCCACCCUGGCUUCCUACGCAUGCAUCAUAGCUGUCAUUCGGAGGAUCCCAUCCAGUGUGGGCAGUCAAAAGACCUUUUCCACCUGCUCCUCACACCUCACCGUUGUCUCUGUUUUCUACAGCACCCUCAUCAUUGUCUACACACUGCCCAGAACAUCCCAGCUGAGGCAGCUCAACAAAGUGUUCUCCUUUUUCUACACUGUCCUCACAUCCCUUGUCAAUCCCCUCAUUUACAGUCUGCGGAACCGGGAGGUCAGGGAAGCCCUGAGAAGAGUGCUCAGAAAAGCUUUGGCCAUCUCCAGAGCUCAGAACAUUGCUGUGCCAGGGUCUUAAGACCAUAUGUGG